AUGUCAAAAGCUACCUUCCCCCAAUUUGAGGAUGCGGAUCCAGUUCCUAGUUAUGAGGACUCGAUCAGCUCAAAUACCUGGACUAGUACUGUCUCACAGGCACGCUUGGCGAGAGAAAAAUCACCAUCCGGCGGUACCUCAUCAAUAACUUCAAUGAUUCGACACGAACGGACCCGGCGACUCCAAUCUCUGAUUGAUUCACACAUCCUUCCGUGCUUCUCCUCAUAUCUCGCCAACGCUGUCAAUAACUUGACGAUCCUCAUUAUUCCCUCGGGCUCAUUACCCUCUACGCGCACAGAGCUGAGUGCUGCAAAUGUGGUAGCUCCUCCUUUCCAGAGCCUUUCCACCACCGGUACUGUAAUAUAUCUGUCCGGUGAGGAUAAUGGCGCCAAUUUCUGGACCCAGGCGUCUGUAGUCCAGGAGCUUGACACCCUUCUGCACCGAGAGCUUUCAGGGAAAUCCCCACAGCAGGACCCGUUGAGCGAGCGGCACGAGCCAAGGGUUCAAUUCGAAUGCCGAUUGACGCCGCAGUCUACUCCCGGAUUACCUGAAAGACCUCAAAAGAAGCCGUGGUUCAAACGUGGAUUGCCGCAAUUGCCUGGGCCGGACCAUGAUCCUACUGGUGAAACGGGAAAGUGGGAUCUUGGCUGGCGUAGUCCAGAACCCGACUCAAAAGAGACUGCCACGAUGAGAACACUACGCCCGGACGAAUUUGCAGUGCGUACUAAGCUCCAAGAUGCCAGUCUUCGAACGGAGAGUGAGAUGGGUUUAUUAGAGACUACGACAGUAAGAUGUAUAUGGGUGCAGGUAGAGGUGGGGGCUUAG